AUGGAGUCGUCACUUGUGCCGAAGUCUGAAGGUACCUACGACGCUGAGACAGGCCUUCUUGUCCCACAAGCUGCGAUAUGGAUGGUAUUUAUCACAAUAUUCAUGGACACACUUGCAGCCACAAUCUCAACUCCGGCAUUGCCAUAUUAUGCGAGGUCCUUUCAUAUCAGCAACGCAGCGAUUGGGUAUCUGUAUGCCUCAUGGAGCUUCACAUCCGCAUUUUGUGCACCCGUUCUGGGAAAGUUGUCAGACAAAUUUGGAAGGAGAAAGGUACUUCUUGCGUCCCUGGUGGGAGCUGGGAUAGCGAACUUGGGACAGGCAUGUGCUGGGAACUACUAUGAGCUGCUGGGUUGGAGAGCUUUCUCUGGAGUUUGGGCGGCUGUUGGCAAUUCUGCCCAGGUUUAUCUGAGCGAUGUGUGUUCUCCGGCAGUGCUCCCUGACUACAUGUCCAAACUAUCUGCUGUUCCAAGCUUGGCCAUGACUUUUGGCCCAGGCUUAGGUGGUGGGCUCUCGAAGUUUGGAUUGAGCGUGCCCGUGUUGGUAGAUGGCCUCCUUUCCUUGGCCGCAGCCGGACUGUGCUUCGUUUACUUGCCCGAGUCACCCAGCUGGGCUGCAGAUCAAGGCAAGCGCGAGUCGACAGACACAAAGGCAUCGGAGGCAUCACAGGGCAGCUCUCCCGACGAUAUCCCACGCGGUGUGAAGGUGUUGGCUCUCUCGUCCAUCUUUCAAGGAAUCAGCUUUGGAACAGUAGUUUCAAUGACAGCCAUCACACUCGAUGCCAAGCUUGGCUUUGACUCCCUCCAUGUUGGAUUUACGUUUGUGCUUGCAGCACUUGCCACUCUGGCUACCAGCAUUUGGGGAACAAACCGCGUUCAACGUGGGCUUGGAUUGAAAAACUGUGCGGUAGUGGGAUCCAUUCUCGGAGGAGCCUUCAGUCUUCUGAUGGCAAUCAUCCCGGGUGUUUGGCCGACUGUGCUCUGCCUUUGCUUCUCACGCGUUGGUGUGGCAUUGCGCGGUGGAAGCUCCGGCACUAUACUGACAAGGUUCACAAACCCAUCAAACCGCGGAAGCAUCUUUGCCAUGCAGCAAUUUGCACUGAAUAUCGGACGACUUAUUGGGCCCGUGGCUUCUGGGCACUUAGCAGUGCAAGAUCCGAUAGUGUUGCCCUGGAUCUUCAGCGCGGUUUGCUCGCUCAUUUCAGCUCUGAUACUCCUGGCUGUACCAAUGCCGGAUGAUUCACUGCCAGAGAAGAAAUCCUCAAGAAUGAUCCGCGGCUUCACUGACCUGAAAGGAGACAGUCUAGAGCUGGAGUACGGCAGUGCGGAGGAUUGCCGAGCUCUGGGAGUUUACGUAGGUGACCUGCUGACAAAGCGGCGAUACCGCUGGGUGUCUCGGAGGCAGGCGAUAUACAGUAUGUUGGACAAACUUCUUCCGGAAUUGUCCUCCGGAGCGUAUGACCAUGUUCAAGACCUGGAGCGUUUGAUGAAACAUGUGGAACAGAUUCAAAAGGAUUUUCAGGGUGUACAAAGCCGAGAUUGCUGA